AUGACCACCAAACAACCCAAACAACCCAAACAACCCCCCUCCGACCUCCCCAUCCACGCCUUCCCCACAGCUCAAGCCCUGGAAGACUUCCUCGAGCGUGAACACACCACGGCUCGCGGCUUCUACCUACAACUCGCCAAAAAGGCCUCGAACAUCCCGUCCGUCUCCGCCUCUGACGCCGUUGAAUCUGCCCUCUGCUUCGGCUGGAUUGACGGCCGCGCCCACGCCCUCGACCAAAGUUCCUGGCUCGUGCGCUAUACCCCGCGCCGCGCAAAGAGCCUCUGGUCCCAGAAGAAUGUCGCCACCGCCGUGCGCCUCGAGCUGGCGGGCCGCAUGCGCCCGGCCGGCCGGGCGGCCGUGGAGGCGGCUCAAGCUGACGGCCGCUGGUCCCGCGCGUAUGCGGGACCCGCGACAAUGACGGUGCCGGAGGACUUUGAGAGGGCUCUGGAAUCCGCUUCUCGGGCGAAGACUGUAUUUGACGGGUUGACAAGGACUGAACGAUAUACGGUGCUGUUUCGGGUACAGACAGCGUCGCCGCGGACGAGGGCGGGGACGAUCGAGGCGGCGGUACAGAAAUUGGCGGGGAUGGGGGCCCCGAGGGGAUCUACGGGGCGAUCUACAGGAAUGCGGAGGGAGACGAGGAAGAGGAAGCGUGGUGAAGACGAGGAUCGGGCGUUGGGGGCGGAUUCGGGGGCCAUUGGUGAGACAGGGGCGCGACAUACUGAUAAUCAUGGUAUUCAGCCCACUUGA